AUGUCUUCGGCAACGAAUGCAACGAACCAACUUCUUCCAUUAGAGCUAAUUGACAAAUGUAUUGGCUCAAAGAUUUGGGUCAUUAUGAAAAGUGAAAAGGAAUUUACUGGCACUUUACUGGGUUUCGACGACUAUGUCAAUAUGGUACUCGAAGAUGUAACAGAAUACGAAAAUACGCCGGAAGGUCGUAAAACAACCCAUCUAGAACAGAUUCUAUUGAAUGGAAACAAUAUUACUAUGCUUAUUCCCGGUGGUGAAGGUCCUGAUUAA